AACAAUUCUAGUCAAUUAAAGUUUGUCUAAUAAACAAAGCUGCUUAAUUUUAAAAAUUGUAUAUCUAUAUAUAUUUUUCUGAAAAUAAUGAAUCGAAUCGCCAGCAUUGCACCUUCACCUGCUCAAUGCAAUUUGAGCUCGGAUAAAAUUAACUUUCAAACGAUAUUGACCCAGCGCAUUUUUCGGAACUCAUGUGCACAUUAUGAUGGCAUGGAAAGAAAACAGCAGCUGCCUGCCGAAAUUGAGACUUUUAAAUUACUGCCAGAUACGGUCCUAACGGAAGUGCAUACGGCAAAAAACAAUCGGGAGUCGCCCAAGAGCUUUGAGCUGUUUAAUAGGUACAAAGUGAAUAAAUUGCUAAAUAGUGAGCAUGUGCAGCAGACUUGCAAAGCGAAUAUUUUGAUUGCGAGAAAGAACAAAGCGUUAGGUUUUAGCAGCGCAAAGAGUCGAGUAUGUAAAGAUAAGGACGAUGUUCGGGGUAUUAAAAAUAAAAGGAAACUCAACGUGCAGUUUAUACUGCUUAUGAACAACAGACCAAAGCCUAAGAGCGAGUGUGAUGUCUUUAAGCGAUUAAACAAAUAUGCAGCAAAGGAAGAGUUAAAGCAAGUCCCUUAUAUAGCCAGUAACAUGCACUAUAGGAAGUUAAAGCUUAGAAAAAGAUUAAUGCUCAUGCUACCUAAGAUACAUGCAAAUACAAAAAUUAUGCCAAAGCAUAAGCAGCUUCAGCUUACACCUAAUCAAAGUCUGACCGGCUUUACUCUUGACUGUGAGAAGUUAUUGAGCUCAGCCUUGCGUGAACUUCAAGUGGAUAUGCUACAACUGCCCAAGGGCUUGAUUAUGCUACUUCAAGAAUUUGUGCGCUAUGUGCUCUGUCAAAUGAUCAUGCCAACGCUACCAUCAAACGCAAGUCUGCUAACAAGUAUGCCUGAUUCAACGACUGAAGUGCAGUGCAUUGCAUUGGAACAGCAAUUGGCAAAGGUUCAGUUUGCUCAAAAGCUAUCAAAGCCGCGUUUUGGUAAACGCAUCGUGUUGGACUUACAGAUCUUACGCUGGCAAUUGCAACCAGUGUUGGAGCUAAAGAGAGAUUUGCAAACAAAUCAAGUACAAGUUAUAAAAAGAGUCAUGUUUCAAUUUUUUGUGUGGUUCUUUUUGAUUAUUUUAUUUUAUUAGACAAGAUAGAUUUAUUCUUC